AUGGCGGUGGCAAUGUGCACCACUACAGAGUAUCUGAUGACGCCUGAGGAAAGAGACUGCCCCAAGAGCCAUGGUGUUGACUCCUGCUGGCACGUUGCCAUACUGGCGGGGUGUGUUGCUUUCCUUUCUUCAGCGCCACAGUCGGUGUCCGGUUUUUUUUACGUGGGCUUCAUGGAAGAAUUUGGCGUCAACCGCGAAUCUGCUUCGUGGCCCAGCAAUGCAAUGGCGGCACUGGCUCACUUAUCAGGUAUUUUCUUAGCCGUCCUGCAGCACCGCAUAACAUUGUUUCAAAUAUUGUUCGUGGGAGGAGUCCUCUUGUGGACCGGAAUUCUGGCAUCGGCAUUUGUGCCCAACAUGACGUACAUGACAGUCACGUUCGGUAUCAUUCACGGUCUGGGUUACGGGCUCUGCAUAAUGACAUUGAAUGUCCUUCUUAAUAUGUACUUCGACCGGUACAGAGCCUUAACAUCAGGAAUUUACUAUUCCGGAAUGUCCUGUUCUGGUCUGGCCUUUCCAAAGUUCCUCGCCUAUUUGCAACAGAAGUAUGGAUUUCGUGGCACGCUUCUCAUCUACGGGGGAAUCACCAUGCACGUCACGGCAUUCGGUCUCUUGUUGAAAGAACCGCCCUGGAUGUGUCUCAAGCAGUACGCUAAAAAAGAAAGAUAUCCAAUCCUCGAAGGCACCAGGGGGAUCCAAUACCAACUGGCGAACCCGGAUCAGCAUAAAGGCUCUCCAACAAGCGGCAACCAUGAACGCUCGAGAAACCUGCCUUCCCUGUUGUUGCUACUGCGCAAACCUAUGUUUUAUGUGAUCCUCUCGUGUGCCGCGAUCGGGGAUAUGAUAUUCUCCGUGUUCACAUCUACCAUGGUCGACUACGGGUUAGACAAAGGACUGUCGAUUUCAGAUGCAGAGUUCCUGAUUAUCUAUGGAUCCUGUGCUAAUAUUGCCGGGCGACUCCUCGUUCCUCUUUUAGCCGACGCAAAGUGGAUCCAGCGCAGUACUCUGGUGAUGAUUAACAUCGUAAUAGCGAGUGGUUCGAUGAUAUUGAUGUCCUACACCAUUCUGUAUGCACACGUUCUUUUCGUCUGUUUGUGCGUAUAUAUUUCUUUAGGGUUUCUGACUUCCAUGAAGAGCGUCCUGAUGGCGGAUUACCUUGGAAUCGAAUGGAUGUCGACAAGUUACGCUGUCGUGGGAUUGAUCUUGUUGCCUCUGACCAUCAUUACUCCAUCCAUAAUUGGAUUCUUUAGAGACUUCGGAGGAAGCUACGACGGCCUGUACAGGAUGUACGGUGCAAUACUGCUGCUUCUUUUUGGCGCCUUUCUUUUUGUUGUCUGUGUUGAAAGAAGCCGCAACCACGUGUGGACGACAGGACAGAAUGCGCAGGAAGCGACACAGCUCACUUCAGCUGAGCAAACAAGGAAUACCUGA